UGAAUCCCUAAUCCCCUCCGCGCUCGAUUGCCGCCGCCGCCGCCGCCGCCGCGUUCGCCCCAGCCUCCCGCAAUGCAACCUCCAUCCGGUCUCUCGCCGCCCCCACCAUCCUCUCCGCCCGCCGAUACGCUGGCCUCCGCCGCCAUCCAAACCCCAAGCCUCCCCGACACCCCGGCCUCCUUGGAUCCCGAUACCCCCUUCUCCGAUGCCGCACCCCUCGAAGUCUCGGACGCCGACACCCCCGCCCUCGCACCAACACCCGACGGCGCCCUCGCCUCCGCCUCUGACGCCCCCGGCGACGGCGAGGACGACGGGAUCACCAACCCCUCUGGCGGCUCCAGGAAGCACAUGACCCUAGCGCCGCCGGCGCCGGCCAGCAAGAAGUCCAAGAAGAAGGGCGGUAACAGCGUCUGGACCCGGCCAACCUCCCGCAAGGGCAAGAAGAAGGCGAGGCAGCCGGGCGGCCACGGCCCCGGUGGUGGCAUCAGCGGCGCCCACCCCGGACCCAUCGCCGGUGGAGAUGAGUUGUGCCAGCUCGUCCCCGCGACCCGCCUUGCCGCCGAGCGCAACGACGACGCGGCCACCCAGCCCGUGCAACUCUCCCGCUUCUUCAAGUCCGAGAAGAUCGAGGUCUCCGACGACCGCCUCACAGCUGCCAGCACCAAGGGCUACCGCAUGGUGCGCGCCACCCGCGGCGUGGCGGCCGGGGCGUGGUACUUUGAGGUCAAGGUUGUGCAUCUCGGCGCCACAGGCCACACGCGCCUUGGAUGGGUGACCAAUAGGGCAGAUCUCCAGACACCGGUUGGGUAUGAUGCCUAUGGGUUUGGGUACCGCGACAUUGAUGGCGCCAAGGUGCAUAAGGCUUGGAGGGAGAAGUAUGCUGAUGAAGGGUAUGGGGAAGGAGAUGUACUCGGGUUCUACAUUUCUCUACCUGAUGGGGAGAGAUAUGAGCCUAAGCAACCCGACCUGAUUCAGUACAAGGGAAUGCCAUUUCAUGUGCAAGUCCCCAAGGAGGAGCAGAAGGUACCAGCUCCUGUUCCUGGGAGUGAGAUAUGCUACUUCAAGAAUGGGGUAUGCCAAGGCAGUGCCUUCAAGGACAUUCCUGGAGGGAGGUAUUAUCCAGCUGCAUCAAUGUAUACGUUACCUAACGAGCCAAACUGCGUGGUCAAAUUCAACUUUGGGCCAGACUUCGAGUUCUUCCCACAAGAUUUUGGUGGCCUCCCAAUCCCUCAACCAAUGAGCGAAGUGCCUUAUCAGGCACUUGAGGUGAAGAAUGAGGGGCCUGCCGAAAAUGGUAUUGCUGAAAAAACUAGCUAGUGUAGUUAACAUGCUAUUAAGGCUUUUAGCUAUGUUGGUUUUUGAAUACCCGUGUAAACACCAAAUGGGCCCAUGGCUAGGUCAUGGUGAGGUUGGCCGCUGGAGCCAUAUCUGACUACUAGAUGUAUGCUUAUAUGUUGUCACCAAAUGGGUCCAGUUUCCUGUCCUUGGCCCGGUGAUGAAGUUAUUCACUCUGUUCGCUUGGCUGUGGUUAGUGGCUGCUGCUGAUUUGUUAUGAAAGAAAAAUAUUGUUGGUGGCUGGUGUUGAUUUGGUAUGAGAGAAAAAUAUUGAUGGCUGGUUGGCUGACAAGCCAAGUGAAUAGAGUGUUUGUGUGCUGCCAGAUGGUAGUGGAAUGGUGAUGGUAACGUAUGCAACCUGCGGUGGGACGAAGAGUAGUGAUGGGAGAUUGGGAGGUGGUGGGUUGAUGCGGCAGGUGAAACUUUAUGCUGGGAGUUUCACUGUGGUCAGGAAGGAUAUUUAUGGCUAGAAAAAGUAUCUGCAUGUAAAUUUGCCAAUUUAUAUUCAUUUUCAUUUUUCAUCCCAGCUAUUUAAGCAAUCCAAAUGGCCUUUGCCAGUAUUUCUGUAA